CGAGGACGAGGGUGGUACCCUGGGAAAGUACUGGCCAAUGAAAGUCAUAAACGCCAGAUCCCGGGUAAUGCAGGAGCCGAGAGUGCUAUGGAGAAUUUCACCGCGCUGUUUGGAGCUCAGGCUGACCCACCACCACCCCCAAGCGCCCUAGGUUUCGGGCCUGGAAAGCCGCCCCCGCCACCUCCGCCUCCUCCGGGAGGUGGCCCAGGCACGGCCCCGCCCCCGACGGCGACCUCGGCCCCUGCGGGCGCAGACAAGUCGGCUGCUGGAAGCGGCCCCUUCUACCUUAUGCGGGAAUUGCCCGGCAGCACAGAGCUGACGGGCAGCACCAAUUUAAUCACACACUACAACCUGGAACAAGCCUAUAAUAAGUUCUGUGGGAAGAAAGUGAAGGAGAAGCUAAGUAACUUCCUGCCUGACCUGCCAGGGAUGAUUGAUCUCCCUGGCUCCCAUGACAACAGCAGCCUCCGCUCCCUCAUUGAGAAGCCUCCUAUUCUCAGUAGCUCUUUUAAUCCAAUCACAGGGACCAUGCUGUCUGGUUUCCGCCUCCAUACUGGCCCGUUGCCAGAGCAGUGUCGACUGAUGCAUAUUCAGCCUCCCAAGAAGAAGAAUAAGCACAAGCAUAAACAGAGCAGGACCCAGGAUCCAGUUCCCCCAGAAACGCCAUCUGAUUCAGAUCACAAAAAGAAGAAAAAGAAAAAAGAAGAGGAUCCUGAACGGAAAAGGAAGAAGAAAGAGAAGAAAAAGAAGAAGAACCGACAUAGUCCAGACCACCCAGGUAUGGGAAGUUCCCAGGCCAGCAGCAGCAGCAGCCUCCGCUAACAGGACUACUGAACUCUGCCAAGGAUGGCUUUCCUGCUGACAAACUGUCUUCCAGGCAUUGCCUUGGGAUAUCUAACAACUAGACAGAAGCCAGCCCCUGCUGUACUUGUGACUAAUACACUUUUAGAGAAGGGCCAUGCUUUUUUAUGGUUUAGUCCAGUUGGCUUUUUCAUAGACAUACCUUUUCACAAAAAGCUGUUUUUUGUUUUUUUGUCCCCCCACUUUUGUGUAAUUUGAUUUCAGGAGUUCAUUUGUUAGGGUUUUUCUUUUUUUUAAAAAAAAAAAAAAAAAAAAGGUGUCUUUAACAGACUGGCUAGUAUGGCUACCUUUUUAAGAGGCAAGUGUCAUUCUGUAUGAGGCAGUUUAAGAUAAGGCACUGCUAAGACAUAAAAGAUUUUAGAUUUUGUCAUCACAUUAUUUCCCUAGGCCAAGAAAUUCAAAAUUAGAGCAGAGAACAUGGUCAAAAAUCAACAGUUUGCUAUAAUAUUUUGCCUAUAAUGUUCACUGCCAAGUGCCUAGAUUAUAUUCAACCCAUCAGGAAAGUUAGCCAAAGUAAGGUUUAUGCCUGUGUUGAUAUAUAGCAGGGACUAUUAAAAAAAAAACCUCCCACCAUUACCACUGUAUUUUAGCAGGAGGAAAAAAAGCCUGGCCAGGCGUUGGUGGUGGCACACGCCUUUAAUCCCAGCACUCGAGAGGCAGAGGCAGGAGGAUCUCUGAGUUCAAAGCCAGCCUAGUCUACAGAGUGAGCUCCAGGAUAGGCUCCAGCUAGCCAAGCUUAUCUUUUCCCUUGUCUUUUUUUCCUGUGUGCUUUUUAAAUGAAUCUCUGGCAAGAAGUA